AAAUAUUAAGAGUUUGUCAGAUAUCCAGAUAGUACAGGUUGCUUGUGGUUACUAUUCCACUCACUUGCACUUUCUAAAGCAAGUGAAGUUUUCUGUUGGGGACAGAAUAAAUACGGCCAGUUGGGUUUAGGCAUUGACUGUAAAAAGCAAACUUCACCACAGCUGAUUAAGUCUUUGCUUGGAAUCCCAUUCAUGCAAGUUGCAGCAGGGGGAGCCCAUAGUUUUGUACUCACUCUUUCUGGAGCCAUCUUUGGAUGGGGACGCAACAAAUUUGGUCAGCUAGGUCUUAAUGAUGAAAAUGAUAGGUAUGUUCCUAAUUUACUAAAGUCACUAAGAUCUCAGAAAAUAGUUUAUAUUUGUUGUGGAGAAGAUCAUACUGCUGCAUUAACCAAGGAAGGUGGAGUGUUUACCUUUGGAGCUGGAGGGUAUGGCCAGUUGGGUCAUAAUUCUACCAGUCAUGAAAUAAACCCAAGGAAAGUUUUUGAACUUAUGGGAAGCAUUGUUACUCAAAUUGCUUGUGGAAGGCAGCAUACUUCUGCAUUUGUUCCUUCAUCCGGACGAAUUUACUCUUUUGGGCUUGGUGGUAAUGGGCAAUUGGGAACUGGUUCAACAAGCAACAGGAAGAGCCCUUUCACUGUGAAAGGAAAUUGGUUUCCUUAUAGUGGGCAUUGUUCACCAGAUAUUGAUGCUGAGGACUAUUUCUGUGUAAAAAGAAUUUUCUCAGGAGGAGAUCAGAGUUUUUCACAUUACUGUAGUCCACAGAACUGUGGGCCACCAGAUGAUUUUAGAUGUCCUGAUCCUUCAAGGCAGAUCUGGACAUUGAAUGAAGCUCUGAUUCAAAAAUGGCUAAGCUACCCCUCUGGAAGGUUUCCUGUGGAGAUAGCCAAUGAGAUAGAUGGAACAUUUUCUUCGUCUGGUUGCCUAAAUGGAAGUUUUUUAGCUGUUAGCAAUGAUGAUCACUAUAGAACAGGCACCAAAUUUUCAGGGGUUGAUAUGAAUGCUGCUAGGCUUUUAUUCCACAAGCUUAUACAACCUGAUCACCCUCAGAUAUCUCAGCAGGUUGCAGCUAGUUUGGAAAAGAACCUUAUACCUAAACUGACUAGCUCCUUACCUGAUGUUGAAGCAUUGAGGUUUUAUCUUACUCUACCAGAGUGUCCCCUGAUGAGUGAUUCCAACAAUUUCACAACAAUAGCAAUUCCCUUUGGUACAGCUCUUGUGAACCUAGAAAAGGCACCACUAAAAGUACUUGAAAACUGGUGGUCAGUACUUGAACCUCCACUAUUCCUCAAGAUAGUAGAACUUUUUAAGGAAGUUGUGGUACAUCUUUUGAAACUCUACAAGAUCGGCAUUCCCCCUUCUGAAAGAAGAAUUUUCAACAGUUUUCUUCAUACUGCAUUAAAGGUUUUAGAAAUAUUACAUAGGGUAAAUGAGAAAACGGGACAGAUUAUACAGUAUGAUAAAUUUUAUAUCCAUGAAGUACAAGAAUUGAUAGACAUAAGGAAUGAUUAUAUCAACUGGGUCCAACAGCAGGCCUAUGGAAUGCUGCCAGACAUCCCCGUUACAAUCUGUACAUAUCCAUUUGUGUUUGAUGCCCAAGCAAAAACUACUCUGUUACAAACAGAUGCAGUCUUACAGAUGCAGAUGGCUAUUGACCAGGCCCACAGACAGAACGUUUCCUCUCUUUUUCUCCCAGUGAUUGAAUCUGUAAAUCCUUGCUUAAUUCUAGUGGUGCGUAGAGAAAAUAUUGUAGGUGAUGCAAUGGAAGUUCUUAGGAAAACAAAGAACAUAGAUUACAAAAAGCCACUCAAGGUAAUAUUUGUUGGAGAAGAUGCUGUUGAUGCAGGAGGGGUCCGCAAAGAGUUUUUCUUGCUCAUCAUGAGGGAAUUAUUGGAUCCUAAAUAUGGCAUGUUUAGGUAUUAUGAAGAUUCCAGACUCAUUUGGUUUUCAGAUAAGACAUUUGAAGACAGUGAUUUGUUCCAUUUGAUUGGUGUUAUUUGUGGAUUAGCAAUUUAUAAUUUUACUAUUGUGGACCUCCAUUUUCCUUUGGCUUUAUAUAAGAAACUACUGAAAAAGAAGCCAUCCCUUGAUGAUUUGAAAGAACUAAUGCCUGAUGUUGGGAGAAGCAUGCAGCAAUUACUAGAUUAUCCAGAAGAUGAUAUAGAAGAAACAUUUUGUCUAAAUUUUACGAUCACAGUUGAAAACUUUGGUGCAACUGAAGUGAAAGAACUGGUUCUAAAUGGUGCAGAAACAGCUGUUAACAAACAAAAUAGGCAGGAAUUUGUUGAUGCUUAUGUGGAUUACAUAUUCAAUAAAUCAGUGGCUUCCUUAUUUGAUGCUUUCCAUGCGGGCUUUCAUAAGGUCUGUGGAGGAAAAGUCCUUCUGCUCUUCCAGCCUAAUGAACUACAAGCAAUGGUUAUUGGAAAUACAAAUUACGACUGGAAAGAACUGGAAAAGAAUACAGAAUACAAAGGGGAAUAUUGGGCAGACCAUCCUACAAUAAAAAUUUUUUGGGAAGUAUUUCAUGAAUUACCACUGGAAAAGAAAAAACAAUUUCUCUUGUUUUUGACAGGUAGUGAUCGCAUUCCUAUUCUUGGCAUGAAGAGUCUGAAAUUAGUCAUCCAGUCAACAGGAGGUGGUGAGGAGUAUCUUCCAGUUUCCCAUACCUGUUUUAAUCUUCUAGAUCUUCCAAAAUAUACAGAAAAAGAAACUCUGCGCUCUAAACUGAUCCAAGCUAUUGACCACAAUGAAGGCUUCAGUCUAAUAUAACUUUGGAGAUGUAACUUCAGUUUAGUGCAAAAGCAUUAAACUACUGUGUUUUUCUUGUGGUGAUGAAUUUAGCAAAGUGACAGACAUACUAUUAUUACAGUUAACUUGCAAAAUGUUUGAUGCUAUGAAAGUCAAAAAUACUAAAGGAAUAUGAACAAAUUGUUAAUGCUAAACUUACUGUACAGAACCAUGGAUUUCCUCCCCAUCUUCCUCAUAAGCAUACAAGUAUUGUGAAUACAUUAAAGUUUUACUAACAUGAAUUUUAAGAGUUUGCAUAUUUCAGAAAUGAUCUACGUGAGUGCAUGGAAGUGUGGCUUAACUUUUCUUCAAUCACUGGGUGAAAAACCUUUAGCUUUGGCCUGCAACAUUCACUUGAUUAUUUUUCCAUUUUGUAAAUAAUGUUAAGUUUUAUAAUAAAAUAGCUAUGUUCAGAUA